CCGUUUCGCCAUAGAAAGCAGGCGAAAGCAAUCUAUUAAACCCUUCUAUAUCUAUUUCAAAACACUUUUCAACGAUCUACAAUGGCAAUGAUUCCUAGCUUCUUCGGUAACCGACGAAGCAGCAUUUUCGAUCCUUUCAAUUCUUUCGACCUGUGGGAUUCAUUCAAAGACUUCCCAUUUCCUUCUUCCUCUUCAAUCAUCUCUCUUGAAAAUUCUGCUUUUGUUAAUACUCGCAUAGACUGGAAAGAGACUGCAGAAGCUCAUGUCUUUAAGGCUGAUCUUCCUGGGCUUAAAAAGGAGGAAGUGAAAGUAGAGAUUGAAGAUGACAGAGUGCUUCAAAUCAGCGGUGAGAGGAACGUGGAGAAGGAAGACAAGAAUGAUAAUUGGCAUCGUGUGGAGCGCAGCAGCGGCAAAUUCUUGAGGAGGUUUAGGCUGCCGGAGAAUGCCAAGAUGGAUCAGGUUAAGGCUUCCAUGGAGAAUGGGGUUCUCACUGUGACCGUCCCUAAGGAGGAGGUGAAGAAACCUGAUGGCAAGGCCAUUGAAAUCUCUGGUUGAUUGAUUUCUUUCUUAUAAAUGGAAUGGAUGUAACUACACAUAGUUGGAUUUCAUGAACAGUGGGUGAUACAACGUAUGAUUGUCUAAUGAUCUAAUAAAACUACUCUGUAUAUUUUCAUAUUUGUUAAUAA